CUUCAACCGUCUCUCCCAGAUUCCUCUCUUCACUUCCCUCGCCCACCCAACAAACUCUCCUUCUCUUCUCUAAUGCUGACCAGACCAUAGAAGCUCCCUCCAUGGCGAUGGCUGCUGCUCUCUCUCUCCCCUCCCCUCCUCCUUCUCUAUCCCUUAUCCCUCGCACCUCAUCCUCCUCCCAUGGCAGCAGACGCCACCUCUCUCUGUUCAAAUUCCCCUCCUCCCCCUGCUCCUCUUCCCACCACCGAGUCUCCUGUUCUUCUUCUUCUUCCGAAAAGUCUUCCCCCGGCGGCGAUAACGUUCCCAGCUCUUUCUGUAUCAUAGAGGGACCGGAGACGGUGCAGGACUUUGUUCAGAUGCAGCUGCAGGAGAUUCAGGACAAUAUCAGGAGUCGAAGGAACAAGAUUUUCCUGCUCAUGGAAGAGCUGAGGAGAUUGCGGGUGCAGCACCGGAUUAAGAUGGCCAAGGAUUUCAAUGAGAAUAGUGAGGAAGAUUCCAACGAGAUGCCUGACAUUCCUUCCUCUAUUCCUUUUCUCCCUUAUGUGACACCAAAGACGCUGAAGCAACUUUACCUCACUAGUGCAGCAUUCAUAUCAGGGAUAAUUGUAUUUGGAGGCCUUAUUGCACCAACACUGGAACUUAAAUUAGGCAUAGGAGGUACCUCAUAUGAAGAUUUCAUUCGCAACAUGCAUUUGCCCAUGCAAUUAAGUCAGGUUGAUCCCAUUGUGGCAUCCUUUUCGGGUGGAGCAGUGGGUGUCAUUUCAGCAUUGAUGUUGAUUGAAGCUAACAAUGUUGAGCAACAAGAGAAGAAACGGUGCAAGUAUUGCCAUGGAACAGGGUACUUGGCCUGUGCUAGAUGUUCUGCAAGUGGUGUAUGCUUAAGCAUCAGUCCGAUAUCAGUAUCGAAUGCAUCUGACCGCCCCAUGCGAGUGCCCACAACUGAGAGGUGUCUAAAUUGCUCCGGUGCAGGAAAGGUGAUGUGCCCAACAUGUCUGUGCACUGGGAUGAUGAUGGCAAGUGAGCAUGACCCACGGAUAGAUCCAUUUGACUAAGGAAAACCACUUGAACAACUUUAGCAGCAGUGUUUCAUCUCCUUGUUAAUGUAGUUUUUCGUUCCCUUGUCAAUGAACAUUGGGAAUAUUAUUCCCACUCCAACCCCUCUAGAAAACCAAAGAACAGCAAUUAUAGAAAGUAAAAAGAUUAAAUGAUUGGAAGGAGCUGUGUUAAUCAUGAGUUGGGUGUUUACAAGGCUGCCGUCUGUGCCAAGGUUCAAAGCUCAAAGCCUCAAACUGUUUAGACGACCUUGCAAGGCCUAAGAGCUGUGGAGAGCUGUUAAUACAGCAGGCGUUUAGUUGGCUUCUUUCUUUCUUGAAAAAUUAUUGAAAGAAAAUUACGCCAUUGUCUCCAUUCUGAUUGCUGUUGUUACUACUUAACAUCAUUAUU